CAUCUAUUGGUACCACAACCACUGAAGUCCCUUCCGUUACAACUCAGGGAACCACAGCCAUCAUUUCAGAAACAACUACAUGGGAACAAACGACAGGAAGUGCCUCAUCAACAAAACCACCCAAAGGAGUAACUACUGGCCCAGUUACAACCUCUACGACUGCUGUUGUUGAAACUACAACAUCAUUGGCAAGUGCAUCAACAUCAGGCCCCGAAACAACAGCUGUAACAUCCAAACCGUCUGUUGUUACCACAACAACUGAAGUACUCUCUGUAACAACUGAGGGAAGAACAACCAUAGCUGCAGAAAAAACUACACGAGUAAAUGGUACAACAGCAUAUCUUCCAGUUACAGAAAAUCCAGUUACGUCACCUGUCAUUACAAAACCUAUUGUUUUGAAUACAACACCUAUUGUGGUGACAGCUUUCACUUCAGCAGCGACAGCUACAGGUACAACUAUCAUUGCUCCAGUAACACAGACACUUCCGGGCAGCACAACAGUUUACACUACCAAACCUGUCAGAUCUACAGUUGUUUCCACACCACCUCUAGCAUCCACAACUACAACGUUAUGUGUCUGCAUUGUUAAUGGAACUGCACAUCAUUCUGGGGACUUGGUGUACAAUGUCACUGAUGGCUUAGGCUGGUGUUAUGUUGCAUAUUGCAAUGGAUCAUGUAAAGUUGAGACUCAAUCCAGACCAUGUCCAACAACACCGAGUCCCAGUACAGCACCGUCUCGCACUCCGAUGUUUGGCACCACUGCAAACGUCCCAAUGUCUUCCACCAUAACAGCUAUUGCCAGCUCUACCUCCACUUCAUCAACAACCCCAUCCACAACUACUGCUGACUGCAAUGAUGUGAAUUCAACAAGAAAGAAUGGCGAGUCCUGGAAGGUCAGCAACUGCACCACAGCUAUCUGCAUCAAUGGCAAGAUCACAGAGACACCCACUCCCUGUCCCACACCACAACAACCCAUCUGUGCAAAUGGGCGCAAAGUUGUCAAGGUCAAUGAACAUGACGGAUGCUGCUUCCAUUAUGAAUGUGAAUGUGUAUGCAGUGGCUGGGCUGGAUCCCACUACAUCACAUUCGAUGGAAAGUCAUACAGUUUCAAGGAGAACUGCUCUUACUUCCUUGUCAAAGAGAUUAUUACUAAAUAUAACCUUACUAUUAUAGUAAAAAACGAAGACUGUGACCCUUCAGACAGCACAUUCUGUCCCCAGGCUCUCAUUGUAACAUAUGGAACAUACACAGUAGUUUUGACUCAGUUGAAGACUUCAGGAACAGCAGCUAAUGUGGUCUAUGUGAAUGAGAAACAGAUUUAUCCCGCCUACAAAAAUUCUGUUCUAAGCAUCACCAGCACAGAUAUGGUGAUCACGUUGGAGAUACCUGAGAUCAACACAAAAGUUGUCUAUACACACUCCUCAUUCACCAUUGACCUCCCUUAUUCCUCCUUUGGUGGAAACACUGAGGGACAGUGUGGGACCUGUGACAACUCCCAGAACAACGACUGUCGCUCUCCAAACGGCCAGGUGGAGAGCUGUGCCGUCACUGCAGGCCAGUGGAAUGUUCCGGGUACAUCCUGCGUCACCCCGACAACCCCAACAACUAUAACUACUUCAAAAGCACCUUACUCAACAACACAGAAUCCUUGCAAACCUGACAUUUGCGAUAUCCUAACCAGCAGUGUUUUUGCACCAUGCAAUACGGUCGUGCCCGCAGGACCAUUCUUGACAUCCUGUAGGUCUGACGUUUGCAACAGUGGCAAUGCCACAGGCUGCACCAGCCUGGAGGCUUAUGCCACUCAGUGCUCCGUCGCCGGAGUUUGUAUCGACUGGAGGAAUGCAACCAAUGGGCAGUGUGCACUCAAGUGUCCAAAUAACAAGGUGUACAUGGCCUGUGGCCCCACAGUAGAGCCGACAUGCAAUGACAGAUACAACCAAAAGUUCCAGACACACAGUGGGGCAUCCUCGAACAGCAAUAUGGAGGGCUGCUUCUGUCCUCAUGGUACCACCUUGUUCAACACAGUCUAUGACACAUGUGUGGCCUCCUGUGGUUGUGUUGGACCUGAUGGAAAACCCAAAGAGACUGGUGACACGUGGACAAGUGGUUGCAACACCUGUAUUUGUGACAACGAUUCCAUGAGCAUCCAGUGUCAGCCCGUCCUCUGCCCGACGACACCGAGCCCCAACUGCAGCCUGCCGGGCCAGCAGCUGGUCAACCACACAGACGGCUGCUGCACAACGCAGUCCUGUGAAUGCAACCUAAACCUGUGUCCAACAGCUAUAAGCUGUCCCCUGGGGUUCCAACUCAACGUCCUCAACAGCACCUGCUGCCAAUCCUACCAGUGUGUUCCUAAAGGUGUUUGUGUCUACAACAUGACUGAGUACCAGCCUGGUUCCAAGGUACCAACAUCAGAAACUCCACCCGGAUUGCCACUUCAAUUAGCAGCAACACAAGAACAACCAUCAGGGAUCACAAAAGCCCAACCAGGAGGAGAAACAACACCGGGUCCUUUGACAGAGAAGUCCUUUCAACCCGCACCCUGCCAGGAGUGUUACUGUGGCCCCCAAAGGGAUCCCAUCACCAAGCUAAACAUCAUUUCUUGCAAACCUAUUGUCUGCAACACCAACUGCUCCAGAGGUUAUGAAUAUCAGACUGCAACUGACAAGUGCUGUGGGACAUGUGUUCAGAAGAGCUGUAUUCUCACCACACCUGAAAACACAACAUAUACCAUUGAGGUCAGCAAGCUGGUGAGCCGCUGUGAGCUCCAGAGUAAGGAGGCCGUUAUCGAGGUCAACGACUGCAGGAGCACGCAGCCGGUCAACAUGACCUCCUGCGCGGGAAACUGUGGAAGCUCAUCCAUGUAUUCUGCAGCAGCUAACAUGAUGAUGCACCAAUGUGAGUGUUGCCAAGAAGCCACCAAAACACAGAGACAGGUGGAGCUCACCUGCACCAACGGCUCCAAGGUGCAGCACAGCUACAUCGUAGUGGAGACGUGCCACUGCAACAAAGCAGAGUGCGUGGCGGGGACAACGUCCAAACCCCAGCGCCGCAGGAGACGCUGA